AUAACAACAGUCAACAAUAAUCGACAGCAGAUGUCAAAAUGUGUUAUAUGUUUUUUACAAAAUUUUAGUAUUUUUAGUAUUUAAAUCAUAUUAAUUUACUAUUGAAUUCGUAUUAACGAAUAUUAAUUUGAUUUAAAAAUACGUAACUUAAUACAGUAUGUCGCAGUAUCCUCUAAACGAAUUAAAACGUCGCCUCCAAGACGAUAGUGCAUCGUUACCUAAACGCCUCAAAUUAGCUAAAAAUGUUGUCCAGUCCUAUCACUUACCAACGGCACCCAAGGAACGCAUUGUAGCAGAAUGGCUAGAUGAACUUGUACAAAGCAACAAAUUGACCAGUAAAGAACUGCGUGAUAUACUAGGAUGGUUGAAUAAUGUUGAUGACUUGACCGGUGAAUUAAAAUUGAAAUUAAUCAAGAUAAUUUCACAGUAUCUCCGUAGUAAUCCUUUGCAAAACGAUGAUUCAACAUACAUUGUAACAUUUCUAGAAAAUGAUAAAAUAUCACCUCAGCUGAAAUUACAAAUAGAUGAUUAUUUAUUUAUAACAACAACAUUACUUCAGAACUUAAACAGUGAAACGGACAACAUACAAGAUAUUCAAAAAAUAUUCAAUAAUAUUAUCAAAUAUUAUAAAGAUUCUAAAAAGAAAUUGGAAUUUAUAGUUAAACUUUUACAAGGAGAAAAUUUAGAAACAAUAUUCAACUUUCUUGAUACUAAAAUUCAUGAUACAGUGAUAGAUACGUGCAAAGUUAUCCUAUUUCCUUUAAGUAAAAAGCAAUUCUUUUCAAGCUUCCUCCUAAAUUUAAUAAGAAAAGAUAACAUUGAUGAGCUAAUUGCUGAAAAAGGAGAUAAUAUUCAAUCAGUUAUAAAGAUUAUGAGUGCAUUCUUUACAUUUCCAAAGGACAGGACGGAGAAGAAUAGUAAAUUCCUAUCUGAUUUCAUAAACACAUUUGUCACAUGCUACCGUAAUGAGAGUCAGAUUGUCUUUGCAUUCUAUAUAAUGGUUGUUAGUUCGUUAAGCAUGCCACAAAACUAUCUAAACCCAGCUAUGGUUAUGCCACAAAUGAUUUUUGACGAUAACUCUGAAAAAAUAAAGCGUAACCUUUUUUUGAAUAUGUUGAAAAUAUUACACAGUAAUGAAGUUGAUAUAAGUAUAAGAUUAACUGAUACACUAGGUGAUAAAGUGUCAAAAGUAGAAAUCAAAAAGUCUUUUAUAUCAUUUCUUCAAAUUGUUAUGAUGGGGCAGCUAAAAUUAGACGGAAAGCUCGACAAAACAACUCUACAGAUAAUAAAAACAGCCAUAAAGCUAGACCCGAGUCUGAUCGAACAGAAAAUUGACAAAAUAUUACCUCAUAUCAUGACAGCAAAGAAAAAUAAUACAGACAUAUUAGAAGCAUACGUACAAACAAUGAAUUGUUUACUAGAAACAUUGUUCAAACUUAGCAGAGGUAUGGAUUUCAUAAACCAAAUAAUACCACAUUUGAAAAUGAACUUAGAAGCCUCGAAUGUGGAACAAUUUGAGUUAAAACAAAAAUUACAACAAGCUAUAAAAAAUGGUGAGAAUGCAAGUAAAAUAGUGGGAAAAAUUAUAACAGGACAUGACAUGUUUCCGCAAGAGUGUGUCGAUGUGUACGGUAAAUUGACUUCAGAAUUAAUGUUCAGACAGAACAAAGAUAUUUUAAUAUCAUUACAGAAAGAUUUUGAAGAAAAUUGUCUUAUGAUGCUUGAAGAAGGAUUUGUCAGUCCCUCUAUCAUAACAUUGGCUGAAAUGAUAUCCGCUAUUUUGUCCAGCUUUUUGCGUCACAACAAAAUGUCCGAUCACACUGUACCACUGCAUAUUGCUGAUGAUUUCUGGAUGGUUUUUCAGUCUUUUGAAGAACAGUGCCUGAACAAAUUUGGAGAAUGUAUCUUAAAAUUGAACUAUAAUUCAAAUCUUGUAGUCACUUUCCUUAAUCUCUGUUUGAGUGUAUCACAAUUAAAACUACUAAAUAUAAAGUUUAGCAACACUAAACUAAAUAUUGAAGAAAAUGACUUAUUGCCAUUUACUUCUAAGAAUGAAUGGCUUGAGUUUACUUUAAAGUUCCAAGACGAUGCUGAAAAGUUACUUUGGAGUCAACUUCUCCUGACAAAAUCCAUGGCAAUUGAACUUCUAUCACAGAACACAGACAAAACAUUGGAUAACACUUCAGAGACUAAAACAAAUUUAAUCAAACAAAUAAUGAAUCAUCCAGAAAUAUUAUCAAAUAAUUAUAUAACAAAAAAUCUUUUUAGAAAUCUUGACAAGAAUCAAUUGAAACAAGUAUCGAAAACACUAAUUAAAUUGUAUCAAAAUGAUCCCGAUACACAAAUAUUUAAAAAUGAAGCAAUAAGUAUGAAUAAAGACUUAUUACAACAUCUCGUUUUGAAAGUUUGUAAAAAUAUUACUGAAUGUAUGGAAAAUAUGAAUACUUUAUCUAAGGCAUUGAACAAAUCUAGUUUUGAAAUUACACCAUUCUUAAAUGACUCUGAUGUUAAAACAUUUUUCAACACGGCUGUAAUAAAUCAAGAUGACAUAAUGAUUUCUCUGGGCAUAUUAAAACAUUUACAGAUAUAUUAUUUAGAAGAGAAUUAUCAAUUAACAGCCAUUUUCAUUUUACUGAUUUUAAAAAAUUGUUGUCAAAAUAAAAAAAUUAAAAAGAGCACAGAUUAUGUAUUGCAGAGUAUUUAUGAAUUGAGUCCAAAAUAUCCUGAUCUAUUUAAAAUAUUCCCAUUAGAUUUUAUAUUUGACUUUAAAAAUGCAAAAGUAUUGGAAUUAUUGAAAUUAAAAAUAAAAACAUCGAAUGGUAUGCUUAUUAUAAAAUGUGUUUUGGAAUCAGCUGUGAAGAAAGUUAAAACUGACUCAGAAGUUGUUGUUAAUAUUGUGGAAAUUCUUUUGAAGAAUCUUAAGAAGAACAAAGCGAAUGUGGAGUAUUUCGGUGAUAACGUUUUUCAAAUAAGUUGUCUUAUAUUACCAUUGAUCGCUAAGGAAAAGAAAGCAAUAACAACAAGUGCUUUUAGAUCUAUUUUAGCAAAUCUUCAAGAAAAAUUAAAUAAGAGUAUGUUGGAAUCGUUCAAAAAUAUUGAUUUUAGCAAAAGUGAUCUAGUCGAAUCUGGCAACACUAGUGACGGAGAAGAAAAUACAAUAGCAAUACUGAACGCGAUGGGUGCAUAUUCUUUAACUUUGUUAAAGUGCUGUGAAACAACAGAUGCGGAAGAAAUUAAAAAUUUAAAUUGUCUCUGGUCUGGACUAACAUUUUUCGUCAACAACGCUAUCCAAGCCAUUGCGAGUCCAUUAUCAAAGCAUCAGCAUAUAGACUCAUCUAUUCAACUUUUAAACGUAACAUUAAGAUACAUAAAGAAACUCGAAGCGCAUGAAAUAUUCCAGAAAAAAGAUGAACUAUUUCUACGGAUAUGGAACUGUAUAAAAGCAAGAUUAUUCAUGUUAUAUGAUCAAAAAAAUAAAAUAAAUAACAAUUGUUUGGAAGAAAUGUCCGUUACGUUGAAAUUUUUAGCUGAAUUGUCAUCGGUUGAGUGUUUCAGUAAUCAUUUUGUUGGGGAUUUAUCGAAUCUGGCCUUAUUAAAGAAACCUUCAAUAAUACUAAAGAAUACAGAUAUAACAAACUCACAGCUAACAGCUAGAAAAGUCUCUAAAUAUUUAUGGUUGAAUUGUUUAAAAGCUAAUAUUAUUGGACCGAAAUGUAUUGCCGUAACAAAAUUAAUAUUCCGAGCAACGAAGAACAUAAGAUUUUGGAUACAACAAAAUUACGAUCUAAUACAAAAUGUCACUCAACAAAAUGGCGUCGCACAAAAUGGCGACGACGACCUAAAUGAGGAAAGUACUAAUGUAUCCAAUGUGGUUAUAAUUGAAGAUUGUAUUUGUGAAUUAUUGAAGAAUGACCUAGAUAUUCUGACUGAAGUUAUUUUGGCGGCUAAAAAGAUAUCCCUGGACUUUAAAUUCCUAGAUGCGAUUUUUGAACUUCAACAUUUGUUCCAUUAUAUUUUGGGCCGUAGGACAAUAGACACAAGGUGUGAAGUCAGUUGGCGAGGUUUCAAUAUAUUGUAUGAAGGAUGUGUUGCCAUACUGAAUAAUUUGUUGCUGUCUAGAGAGGAACUUUUGGAAGACAGAUGGCCUUGUUACAUGCAGAGCUACAAAACAUUAGUGCUGUGUUUGUGUGAGCGAGCUACAAAGGAAGAUCUAAUUGAUAAAUCGAUUGAACAUAAGUUAGCUGAAAUGGCGCACUCUAUUGAAAAAUUAACCCAAUCAAUAUGCAAGCGCAAGACACAUGUCUCUCGCAUAUCAGCAUACGCUGUGGCCGAUAUAUGCACGUGGCUCGAGAGCAGUCCACCGCCGAAAAUGGUCAGGCAACAUCUAGAAAAUUCGAUAGCCCUGUUAAUACAAGCCUCCGAUUCGACGUACGCUAUGGCCUUCUUGAGACGCGCUCUAGCUGGUUCGGUAGGACAGAUGACAUUGACAAAUAUGUACACUGUGUAUAAAAGAUAUCAUAAAUAUGUUGGCAAUGCUUGAAAUAAAAUAUUUUUAAUA